GUGAAGCCGGAAGCUGAAACAGGAGCUUCCUCGGUUGAGUUUGACAGUAAUUACGUCCAGCUGGCUCUCCAGUCAUUUUCCUCAUGAGAGAAUUGGAACAAGCAGCAAGCUGAAGUCACCGGCCCUGAGGGGGAGAUGACAAAGGAGGAUGUUUCAGAGCCUGCUGAAGGGGACGCUGUCCUGGGCUGUCACACAAGACUCUCUUCUCAUCAGCGGCCGGUUAUCCACCAGGUGGCCUCUGCACCGAUGCCCAGUGACUGUGAGUUCUCCUUCUUUGACCCCAGCGAGCCGCAGUGCAGGGAGGUUCUUCUGGAUCCCAGCACCACCAUACCAGAGCUGUUUGCUGUCCUCAGGCAGUGGGUGCCCCAGGUUCAGAAGAACAUCAGCCUCAUUGGCAAUGAGAUCCUAAAGAGAGGCUGUGGUGUGAACGAUCGAGACGGUCUGACAGAUAUGAGCCUCCUGCACUACUGCUGCAAGGCCGGGGCUCCAGGCAUUGGUGAUGCAGAGACAGCAGCCAGCUUUGCCCACCGGCUUCUUGCCUUGGGUGCUGAUCCCAAUCUUCGCUCACGUUGGACUAACAUGAGGGCCCUGCACUACGCCGCUUACUUUGACGUGCCCCAACUUAUCCGUGUGGUGCUACAGGCCUCCCAGCCUGGAGAUGUCGAUUCUACCUGCAGUGACUUUGAUUUUGGCACAGCCCUUCACAUUGCUGCAUCCAACCUGUGCACAUCAGCUGUCAAAUGUCUCCUGGAGCUGGGAGCCAAUCCUGCCUUCAGAAAUGAAAAAGGGCAGUGUCCAGCAGACGUGGUUCCUGACCCCCUCGACAUGCCCUUGGAGAUGGCAGAUGCAGCUGCCAUGGCUAAAGAGCUCCGGACUUUGCUGAGACAAGCUUUACCCAGACCCAGCUCCCCUCUGCCCCUGACUCUGCAGGCCCAGUCCCUUCCUGGUCUCUCUGAUAAGGCCAGGAUACAGCUGGCCUCCAUGGGAAUUCGGCUGGGUGACCGUGUGGUGAUAGCCGGACAGAAGGUUGGAACCCUGCGAUUCUGUGGCAGUACUGAGUUCUCUGGAGGACUUUGGGCUGGAGUGGAGCUGGACAAACCAGAAGGAAAGAAUGAUGGCUCGGUAGCAGGGGUUCAAUAUUUCACCUGUCGAAUCAAACAUGGCAUUUUUGCUCCCCUGUCCAAGAUAAGCAAACCUUCAGAAAGGCUUAAAACCAGCACCACAAAGACGUCUACACCCAUCCGCCCCCCUCGACGCGUUGACUUGUCCCGCAUCACUUCCAAGAUUAACACGGGUUUAUCUCUCUCUGUUAAAAAAACACCUGAUACUCAAAAAUGCCCUCCUGGUCCCAAUCAAGAAACAGAGGGAGACAGCUCAGCCAUGAAGACAGGCGUCCUCUCCCGCUCUCUCUCCUCUUCGUCCUCUUCGCUGGACUCUCGUCAUGGGCCGGGUGCCCGACCUCGUCCACUGCUGAGACAACGCCUCCCUGCUCGGCAGCGACGGGAGCGAGUUUCCCCGAGUCCCAGAACGACGCCCACACCGGCCCUCCGCUCUUCUUCAGGCACCACAGCACUAACUGCUGCAGGUCUUCGAAGCCGGACUCCCUCAGGUAGCAGCUCCUUGUGUGAAGGCUCUGAGGUGCGAAUAGGGGAGAGGGUCCUGGUGGUGGGUCAGAGGACUGGUGUGGUCCAGUUCUAUGGGAAGACCAGCUUUGCUCCAGGACUCUGGUUGGGCAUUGAGUUGGACAAGCCGAGUGGUAAAAAUGACGGCUCAGUGGGAGGAGUCAGAUACUUCAGCUGCCCACCCAAACAUGGAGUCUUUGCUCCUCCGUCUCGUGUUCAAAGGAUCCAUGGAUCUGUUGAUUGCCUGUCAGAGCUCACCUCCUCACGCCUCAGUCAUCCUUUCACUGGGACAAUUCGUCGCAGUUUCAGCACAUCAACGGCCAUCGCCACUGCCAAGGAUACGAGCAGACGGAGCGCCGUUACCAGGAGUCGUUCCAAUCCUCACCGUCGACGCUGGAGCACCCUGAGCAGCGGUAGUGGCAGUAUUCCCGGAAGCACUGCAGGGUCUAGUCCCUCUCCUGGCUCUGAUGGACAGGUCCGCCUCCAUGUGGGCAUGCAGGUCCUCCUGAGCAGUGCCAAUGAGAUGGCGUUCAUCCGUUACCUGGGCACAGCAGACUUUGCCCCGGGCCUUUGGCUGGGUCUGGAGCUGCGGAACUCCAAGGGCAAGAACGACGGCUCUGUGGGCGGGCGCCGCUACUUCACCUGUCGACCUGGCCACGGCGUGCUGGUCCGUCCCAGCCGAGUCACCUAUCGCGGCAUUAACGGUGCACGCUUGGUGAAUGAAAGCAGCUAAGGCCGAGAGCAGGGGUGUCAAACUCACUCUGGUUCAGGGGCCACAUUCAGCCCAAUUUCAUGUGGACUGGACCAGUGAAAUCAUGUCGCAAUAACCUAUAAAUAACGACAGCUUCAGAUUUUUCCUUUGUUUUAGUGCAAAAAAGUUCACAUUUAAGGAAUUAUCUUUUUACAAAGCAUUAUGAACAAACUCCAAUUUCUUUUUCAACAUCAUUAUGCCUCAGUUUCUCAUUUAUACAUUACAACUUACAAAUUAAAAUGUAUCUACAAAGAAACAAAACAUUUAGUCACAGCUAUCUGGAACUGAUCAAUGUAAUAUUUUACUAAAUAUUUUACUAAAAGACAAAAAACGACAAAAGCAAGACAAAAUAUUACAAAAAUUAGACACAAAAUGACAAAAAAUGAGACAUGAAACAAAACAAAAACAGACAAAAAAUUAGACAAAAGUUACAAAGUGACAAAACAAUGAACAAAUGACAAAAAUGAGACUAAAAAAUUGAAUAAAUGUCACAAAUAAGACACAAAAUAACAAAUGCAAGAAACAAAACCGAAAAAGUGGACAAACAACACAAGCGAGACAAAAAAAAACACACAAUGACAAAAAAGAUGCUCAGAACAACAAAUAAAGCAAAAAAACAAAAUGACAACAAUAAGACAAACAAAGAGGGACAAAAAUGAGAAAACGACAAACAUGAGACAAAUGACAAAAGUCAGACCAAAAAAACACCUGUCAUGGUCUAGAAAUUAUUUUUUAAAUUUACAAAUUGCAGUUAAUGUCUCCUCUGUAAUUUUUACUCUGUACAAAGUUAUCCAGUGGGCCGGAUGGGACCCUCUGGAGGGCCACAUGUUUGACACCCCUGGCCUAGAGGAAGUGGAGGGCGUGAGUGGGUUUUAACCUUGUGCUUAUGAUGCACUUCAAGCAGGAGUUUUAAGUUUAAACUUCUCUCUUUUUGCAUUGCGCAUUAAUGAAUCUCUCAUUGAUAAACUUAGUCCUCUGUACCGUUCAGAGGUAAAACCACUUACCAAGUAUGGUAUUUCUUUGUAAAGUUAGGGGACAAAAAUGCACUUUAUGAAGUUCUUAGCAAAGCUUGUUUUGGCAGGGGGGGGGGUCUUAAUUAGACAUAAAACACUGCACUACUUUUGAUCUGAUUGCACUGAAAAACAUCGAUAUGAUAGGUUAGGAUAAGAUAAAGUAGAUGAUAUGGAUGUGCACACAUGCAAAAACUAUUUCUAUACCCAAAGCUAAUGUUGAUUACGUCAAGUGAGAUUGUCUGCCCACCAGCCAUGAGACAGGAGGAGGGGAUGUGGUCGGGGAUGUCUCCAGAGUCUGGCCAUGGAUGGACAACACACAGUCCAUCCAUAUCGACCUCUGCCACGCUCACAGCACUGUGCUUUGCUGAAGGAAUGGACAUUUUGGAGGCAGGAGAGCUGCCAGAGCCUCCUUGGUGUUUCCGUUUCUUGCCUCUGCUUCCUGCGGCUGCUGUGUUCAUGUGUUUGAAGUACGGCGGUGCGCUGGGAGGGGCUGGGAGACGGCUGCAACCUCUGGUCCUCCUCCAGCAUCUUUAGCUAAUGUAGUCUGCAGCCGAACCAAAAGUGAGCAUGCGUUUAUGCAAGAGUGUGCGCAUGCAUGUGUAUGUUAAUUAAAGCACUUUUAAACAGAGACAGAUUUUUACCAGGGUCGUCCUAUGACUUACAGAUAAUUGACGGAUGUUAAAUCACAACUGGAUUUUCACUUUAUGACUCGAUGUGAAUAAAGUGGGAUUUAAUUAAGCUCAGACCUCCAUCAGCCUCCUUUACAUCAGUCUCUGUCACAGGCUGUCUAUUAAGUUGACGCAGAUGAAUGAUGGUGAUAUGGUGUCAUGGCAGAGCAAAAAUACUACCUAUUACCCAGUGGGAUAUGAUUCCAUUACGGCUUGCAACAGACUGACUUUGUUGAGGCGGUGAUGGAAUUUAGACAGAAUAUCACAUCAAAUCAGAAAGUGAAGGUUUGCUUCAUAAGUACUUUAACUUCAGCUGAGAACACACUUGACGAGCGAAAGCCUCAUUUUAAACCUGAUUUGUCCACUGUGACUGUCUUUUACUUUUUUUUCCAGCUUCACUGUGGCUGGCUGAGAAUCAAACCUUUUCUCCUUCUGACUGAGUAUUAGAUCUGUCAGAGCUGUCACUGUCACAUCUUCAGUUUCAACUGCUUACUGUCAUCCUGAAUUGCGUAGUUUGCAAAUUGUUCAAUGUAUGUGAGGUUUGACAGAGUGUUCGUGUGUGUUCCCAGCUUUGGUAACAGCCUUUCAGUAAAGUCAUGUCAUUACGUGUUGAAUCGUUUUGGAUGGGUCAUAAUUGUAUUUGAUGCUUAAAGCAGCUUGAAACAGGAAAUAUGCAGUGCAGAAGUUUAAAGAAUAGAGUUUGCGAUCCGAUCAGCGCCAACUCGACAGAGAACAAGCAAUUGAUUGUGCACGUGGGAAACAGGUCCACUGUUCAGUAAAACACUCAUGCACCAUCCAAUUAGGGCGAGUAGGCCUCAGCAGUAGCUGUAGAAUCUCCUGUGGCCUUCUCUCAUUGAUCUGUCUGGACAGGCCCUCUGUGAUUGAAAAGCAGCGCUGGUCAGAGCCCAAGGUUGUCUGAAAUACCUGCCAGAGAUGAAAUAAGUGAGCAGAAAAUGGAUAUCUUUCCAAAUUCUUAUUGAAACAUUUCCAUCAUCACUUUUUUUUCUUUAAAAGUAGCUUCUCGGUUACAUUAAGGCCGACUCUUUGAUGAUUUCUGUAACGUAAGUAUUCCACAUUUCACCUAUAGAUGCUCUCAUAGUUUGAUGUAUCUGCAGUCCUAAAUGCUGCAUGAGUGAAUCUUAAACUGAUUGGUAUGAAAGUCGUCUGGCUCUGGUUUCUUGUGUGUAAUUAUUAUUUUUUUAUUCAUGCAUUUCGUGAUCUGUAUAUUUGGAGAGUGGGAGCGUGAGAGAGGGUUUUGCUCUGAUGCAUUUACAUGCUGUGGAAAACAGUAUUUGUACAAACAAUAAAAGAUUCUAUUCUAAUUUGA